UAAGAAAAAAAACUCAAAGUUCAAUCCAAAAUAAAAGUUCAAGUUUUAUUUUUUUAAGCAUCAUUUUUAAACACACUUCUUUGAUGCUUAAUAAUGUCUGAUAAUUUAAGAAGUGAAAUUAUUAGACUUAUUCAAAAUAAAAGAAACCAGGCGAGCUGAGAUAAAUUGUCGUCAAAAUGAAAGAGAUGAAUCAAGGCAAAUUGAGAUAAAUUGUAAUCAAAAUAAAAGAAAUCAGGCUUGGCAAGAACUUAAUGGGUAUAAUAUGCAUCACAUAGCAAAUUUAGUUAUUUUAUCUCUUUAGUUCUAAUCAGGUGCUCUACUAACUAUCAUGUUUACUUUGUUUACUGUUAAAAUAUGGUUUUAACUUAGUAAACUUUAAUUAUUUAAAAUUUGUUAAGUUGAUCAUUAGCUAAAAGUUUUAAUAGAAAUUAGUUGUCACAAUGUAAGAAUAAUUUUACUUUUUUGAUCUAAUCGCAAAAAUUUUUUUGUAAUUCUUACAGAUUUUGACUUCACGGUUUGUAAAUUUGGGACCCUAAUAUCAAUGAAAUACCCUAUGGAAACCCUUUUAAGGGGGAUAGCACAUGCCAACGGGAGUCUAUAUUGAGUUGUUUUGAAAUCGGGGAUUAACAUCAAAAAGAAUUAUGAGCCAAAUUAAGCUGCCUAUUAAUGGUACUAAACUUGCUCUCUUAAUUUUUUUUAUAAAAUAAAGAUUGUAGCCCAUGAAACGUAAAAUGUUUAUUAUUUUAUUCAUUUUUUUUGAAAUAAUUCUUUAAUGAGCGUUUUGAUCAGUGCAAGCGUAAAAUUAAGCGUAAAAUUUCGUAAAAUUUCGAAAAGAGUAAACAAAUAUAUUCUGGGAAAAGGCAGUACACUUUUUUAAAGAUAGUUUUUGAAGGAAAAUAUAUUUUUUUGUGAACAAAUAUUUAAGAUUUUGAAGAUGCCUACAUUUGCCAAAAACCAUGAAGAAUGUAGAAAGUCUGUUUGUGUUAUCUGUAUGAAGAAAGGUGAUCAAGAAUUGACUGAAAACUUCAAAGCUAAAAUUCUUCAACCAAUUCAGAAAGAAAUCAACUUCAAUGAUGACAGAGUACUAUUGGCGACCUGCAUCUCCUGCAGAUCUCACAUUAGAAAGCUGUGUGAUGGUAAAACAAAUGUUGUGCCUCAGAUUUAUGACUUUGAAUCAAUUUCGAUCAAGCCUCUUACUCGUUUUUCUACAGUCUGUGAGUGCUUGAUUUGUAAGAUUGCCAAACUCAAGGGAAAAGAAAGGCAUCCAUUAUGCAAGGUUCAAGAUUCAGCAUCAAAAGUUCCCCAACAAUCUUCGCGAAAUGCAGAAAAUCAUUGUACUAAGUGCUUGUUAUUGGUCGUGGGCUUCCUCACUACUGCACUCCUGGAACACGCCAUGAAAGUUUGAGAAGAAUGGCUGCCUCUGAUCCCAUUGGGGCAGAGCAAGUUGCAGCAACAGUUUUGGCAUCAAAAAGUGCAUCUCCUCAUGGCACCAUUAGAUUCAGUCAACCUUGUGUAAAGUUAUUGCCAUUGAGAAAAGAACCUUCAUCAGCACAGCAACUUUUCAAAGAGCCUCUCACAACGCAGAAUAUGGUUCAAAUUCAGCAGAAUAUAGGACUUUCAAACAAUGGGAUGAGGAAACUUGGAUCGGUACUAAAUCAAAUCAGUCCUAUCAGAUUGGUGGAGCCAAGUUUUCAGCAAAAAUUUGCUCAAGCAGGCCAAAAACUUUGUGAUCACUUCACUGUGAGCAGCAUCACUCUUGCUGAAAACAAUCAAAUAUCCCAAGUUGUGCAUUGUCAAUACCUCAGUAGUCUUAGUGAUGUCUUCUUAGCAUCAAAAAAGAUGACAGAUUCUGCAAUUUUGAAACUAGGGAUUGAUGGUGGAGGAUCUUUUCUGAAAGUCAGCUUCACACACAUCAUUGUGGAUGAAGGUGAGACACCGCUACAUAGCCCACUGCAGAAAACAAUCAAAUUGAUGUCUCCACAAACAACUAAAUCAACAUGUGUCAAGCAGCAACUACUGGUAGCAAUUGCACAAAACACUCCAGAGAACUACCAUAAUGUGAAGGCUAUUUUUGACAUCAUCCAAGUACAAGAGAAAUGUCAGAUGGAUUCUCUGGUCAUAUCAUGUGACCUAAAGUUGGCAAAUAUUCUGUGUGGCAUUCAAUCCCAUAGCAGCAAACACCCAUGUUGUUGGUGUGAUGUUUCGUCUUUAAACCUCCAAAACUGUGGAAGUCCUCGAACUUUUGGCGAGAUUAGGAGACAACAUUUUGAAUUCAUCAACGCAGGAGGAGAUACAAGAAAAUCAAAGGAGUUCAAAAAUAUCAUUCACGUACCAUUGGUUAAUUUUCCUGAUCACAAGCUUGUGCUAGAAGCUAUCCCUCCAAUGGAGCUCCAUUUGUUACUUGGAGUAGUAAACCAUUUGUAUAAAAAUCUUUGCAAAAUUUGGCCAGGGGCCGAGAAAUGGCCAGCUUCACUUCGUAUUCCUAUUCAGCCCUACCAUGGUGGACAUUUCAAUGGGAAUGACUGCAUGAAGCUCUUGAGAGGUUUAGACAAGUUGCAAUUGGUCACAGGAUACAACAAUUUUAGUCAAGCUCAUGACUUCAUGCAACCACUUGCACUAUUUAAGGAUGUGGUCAUUUCUUGCUUUGGCAAUAAUUUGGAUCCUGAUUAUGAAUCGAAGAUCUCCAAGUUCAAACAAAGCUACAUCCGCCUACCCAUUUCAGUUAUUCCAAAAGUACAUGCAGUGUUUUACCAUGUACCUCAGUUCAUCAAAAUCAAGAAAACAGGAUUGGGUCUCUUCAGUGAGCAGGCAACAGAAGCUCUGCACUCCAAUUUCAAAGUUCAUUGGGAGAGAUACAAACGAGAUUCCUCACAUCUAGACUAUGCCAGCCAACUCCUGAAGUGUGUGAUCAAAUACAACAGCAAGUAAAUCUAGAUCUAAAGAACAGUGUUAAAAAAAUCCUAAGAAUACUCUUAACAGAUUUGUGAUAUUUUAGUGCCUUUAUUUUGUUCCAGAUGAUUCGUCUCUAGAGAGCAUUAUAAUUUUUAAUGGAAUUAUAGAAAUUGUUGUUUAUCUUCUAAAUGCGAUCAUUACGAAAAUAAAUGAAUAAAACAAAAAAGCUCCCAAUUUAUGUUUUUAACAUUUUUUGUUUUAUGAUAAAAAACCAGAAAUGUAUUUUUGUACUACAAAUAGGCUGCCAAAUGUUGCUUAAAAUUCUUAUUUUCUUCAAAACUUCAAGGUAAAAAAUCUCCAUUGGAUGUUAAUGCAGGAUUUCAAAAUCACUCUGUAUGGCCAUCCAUUGUUAUGUACUAUCCCCCUUAAAAGGGUUUUCAUAGGGUAUUUCAUUGAUAUUAAGGUCCCAAAUUUACAAACCGUGACUUCUUUUACCAAUGCUCUAGAAAAAGCAUCAGCAACAGGUAACAUGGUUUGUAGAGAAAAUCGUUUUAAUGUUUUUACUUUUUUUUUUCAUGUGAUUUUUUUGUUUUAGACAUUUUACAAUGCUUUUUCAGUUUAUUGCAGAUCAAAUAGAGGGUCCACAUCUCAUUAAGGAUAUAAGAUGUGGGCAAUAACUUAAGGCAAAAUCUCCGAGGUCCGCACCCCUUCCUUUUUUUUUUUAUUGUGUUGAUCUUGUAGAAAGUAAAGUAUGAGGAGAGAGAGUGGUGGGAAAAAAAAAACGCUACAUCUAUAAUUAGUAUACCUUCAGUUGGUUAAUCUACCAAUUUGUAAUUGAUAAUGCAAACUUAGUUAAAUUUUUUUGUAAUUACAUACUUUUCUUUAUAUAUUUUGUUUUAUUAUUAUGUAUAAAUAUAUUGAUUUCCAGUUAAUACAUGUAGUGUAUUUUUUUAUUCGAUUACUUUUUAGAUUAAUCAGAUGACGUCUUUGUUCAAUAUAGACAUGCAGUUAAAAACUAUUAAAAAUUGUUAUUUUUUUAAUAAAAGUGUAAAAAAUCUUUAAUUUUAAAAAGCUAUUAGGCAUUUCUUUUGAAACCGUAAUCCUUCAUCAUUUGUAUUUUAUCUGAACGAAAGUCUUUGACGUAAACAUCAAAUUAUGUAUUUUAUUAAAAAUUUUAUUAAAUGUUACAUUUUUUUUUACUUGAAAAUUUUAUUAGGGCGAUACUUUCUUAAUUUUAAUUUAUAUGAAAUUUUAUAAAGCAAUUAAUGCCAUUUUAUAAAGUUUUACUAAGGUUUUUUUAUAAUUACAUAUAAAUAUAUAUUAUAUACUUUUAUGAACUUCGUGAAAUAAAAACUGGUAUGAAUUUUGUUGGUGACCUGUGUGAAGAAAAAAUAAAGAUGCACGAAAAAAAAGUUAAAAAAAGGAUAGGAAUCGAAAGUGCAAUUUACGAAUUGACGGUCUUAAAGAAACUAUUGAUGAAAAAGAGUGGGAAUCUACGUAGGAAAAAAUUAAAAAAUUUUUCCAUGAGAAACUCGGGAUUAAACAGAAUAUUAAAAUUGAAUUGCAAGGCCUCCUCAUUCAACAUAGGUAUAAACAUACUUAAGUUUGGAGUUUGCACAAUGCGUGAAAGUGUCCUAUCUGAAACAUCAAAAAAUCCUAUUGGUGCCCCAAGUAUAAAGGUUAUUCAUAUAGCACUGAUUAGUAUAGUCAAUUUACAUAAUGCGGAUCACUUAAUUUUUUUUUACGAUUAUCGAUAGAGUAAUAAAUUAGUAAACAAUUUUUUUAGUUACUAUUUGCUUAAUAAUAAAAGUUAAACCAAAAUUAGGGCAAUAGAUACAUUUCUUAUCAAGAUGUCGAAAGUUUUGAGUGCUUUUAUAUGAGAGCUAAAAUUCUAAAUGGUUUAGAAGAAAUCCAUUAUACUCGGAAACACAAAAGAUAUGAGCCUUUUAUUAGUCAAUUUCAGCACAUCAUAAUUAACGAAAAAUAUUUCCAUAAAAAAUUGCAUGAUUUGACAACAUUGCUAAAAAAGCAUGUAUGGGGUGGUGACGAAAGAACUAAAUUUAUAAAACGCUGUUCCCAAUAUGAAUGGCAAAAAUUGGAUCCUUUCAUACAAAAAGAACACGCGCUUAAUGGUUGCAGCUUAUGUAAAAAAGAUAAAAAUCCAUAGAACGUUUUUCCAAGUUCUGUGAUUCAUCGGCCAAAAAAGUCAAACUCACCACUUAGCAAUAUAGCCAACAUUUUCACAACCGACUCUCAAGCGCGGAAUAAUAUUUUAUCUUUCAAGAAUUCAAACGUUGCUCCUCUGUCUUCUUCAAAAGUUGAUAUUCCUUUUACUAAAAACUCACUUCCAUACAUGAAAGAAACAUGAAAAUCGGUUUUGGAAAACAUCAACACAUCUUGGAAUUCUUUAUAUGAUACGCCGUUUUUAAAGGUUUUGUCAAAAUUACCCUCAACCAAUUUAGUAGAAAAGUUAUAUCUGCAGAUAAAAAAAAAAAAAACUUCGAAAAUCCCACAGGAAGUUAAAGGCGACAAUUGAAAAUCAUUGGGAAAAAUAUAGCAAAGAUACCAAUACAUUGUUUGGUGUUCGUCAGUCAAAAUCAGCUUAUUUAAACAUUCGCUCAAGCCUUCACUUUGAAUCUAAAAAAGAUGCUGUUAAACGAACAACAUGCUUUACAAGCAAUGCUAUUGGUCAAAAGAGAAAAAGACAUUCACCGAACCCUAACAACAUUGAUUUCAAUAAAGUUGAAAUGUUAAAUGAAGUACAGAAAAUGAAAAAAGGCUCAGAAAUUAAUCUCUCGGCUCUUGCAAAGAAAUACAAAAUUGAUGGAUUAAACGGUAAUAUGGUUGUCCGUGAGUUCUUGGAACAAAAUAAUGUUGAUAUAACCGCCUUUAGUAGAACUAAACUUAAUAAAACUAGAGUAAGAAGAAAACUCAAUAAACUAUCAGGCAGUGGAAUAUCUGUGCCAAUCUCACGUUCAUUUAAAAAGAUUAAAGAAGAUUUAAAUCAAAAUAUCACUUCUGGAAAAUACAUAUUAGGAACAUUGAUUGAACCUAAAAAAUAUUCAUCAAUUUCUACAGACAAACAUGGAAAAAUAGAAAUUUCCAAAUCUUCUAUUUCAGGUAGAAAGAUUUCAUGAAUUACGCAAAAAGAUUUUUGAAAAUCAUAUAUCGCAAAAAAUUAUUCGAGAAAAUCGGACAGGAAUAUAUAGCAGAAAUUUGAUAAUUUGGUCAGAUCAUGCUUUAAUUUUAAACUCGGGUCACUUAUUACUCACUGUCAAACCAAUUUAUGAUGAUGAACUGUACUAUAAUGAUAAAGAAAUGUUUGACAAAACUGGUAACCAUUACAAUGUCCAAGAGUCGGUGGAAACUCCUCAUUUGUACAUAUUUGGAUGCAUAAAUGACACAAUUGCAGGGAAACUGUCUUAUGUAGAAUCUAGAUUAGAAGAUAUUAAAGAUUUGCAUAAAAUUAACGGAAAAGAAAUUCAUGACGUCUUAGGAUUUUUUCACGGUGAUCAUCCAGAAAUCCAAUUAGAAGCUGGAAAUCUUCAUGGUGGUUAUUAUCCAUGCUUAUGUGGGUGUAAUGUUAAUCAAUUUACAUAUUUACCAAUUGUUUAUUCACAUGACAUCAUAUCAUUAGAAGAUAGAAGGAGAAAAGUUGUUAUUGGUCCUGCAGGCAGAACAGCAAAAGCAAUAGCUCCAUUUCAAAACCUUAGCAUUUCCGAACUUGAAUUGGAAAUAUCCAUUCGAGAAUUAAAUAAAAAGAUUGGAGUGAAAAGAACAAAAGAACAAUCUGAACAACUUCUGAAGCAAAAUCUUUCUGGUGUUUCACGAACUCCAGCUCUUUGCUUUGGCAAUGAGUUAAACACACUUGUUUUGUCAAAUCUACACAACUAUGAGGUCAGUCCUAUAGAGCCACUCCACGACUGUAAAGGUCAUAUAAAAAAUAUUUGGGAUGUUCUACCUGAAAUACUGAACUUUUCAGAAAAAAAAGUACUCAACGAUUGCCUUAAACUGUGUUUUGGUGAAAAGGACAAUGUACGAGAAGCUGAUUAUAAGUUAUCUACAACUGUUGUAUACAAUUCCUUAAAAGAGAUCUGUAGAACAAAUGUAAAACUAUUUUUGAUGUAAAACUAUUUUAGAUGUAAAACUAUUUUUGCAGAGUAUCAUGGAAUUAGUCAAAUCUGCAUAUUUACCAUCACAAAACAGGUCACCAAAGACAAUCCUUCGAUUAUAUAACUUAGCAUUUCAACAUAUCCUUCUUUGCCGCUUAGUAAUCGGAAGUAACCCUAAUAAAAUUACCAAGAGAAAAAAGCAACAUUGUUUUUCAUGAUGGAGAAAGUGAUCCCGAUUAUAUGGAUAUAGGUCCAGAUUUAAUGAAUUUUUACAAAAAAAAUAUACAGUCAAUAAAAUUAAAUUUAAAAAGUUGUUGAGAAGCUUGUAUUGCA